GCGCGGGCGCUUCCUGCUUCGUGCCGCUGGGCGCCGCGGGGCUGAGGCGGCGCUGAGGCGGCGGCGGCGGCGGCGGCGGAGAGGCCGGUCUGGGUCUGCCUGCGCUCGGCGCGCUUCGCCUCCCUUCCCGGCGCCACCACCCGCGGCGGUAACAAGUGGGCGACGAUGCCGUACGAGAUCAAAAAAGUGUUUGCCAGCCUCCCACAGGUUGAAAGAGGCGUUUCCAAAAUUAUUGGAGGUGAUCCUAAGGGCAAUAAUUUUCUUUACACCAAUGGAAAAUGUGUCGUCAUCAGAAACAUUGAUAAUCCUGCAGUUGCUGACAUCUACACUGAGCAUGCCCAUCAGGUUGUAGUUGCCAAGUAUGCUCCCAGUGGAUUUUACAUUGCAUCUGGAGAUGUCUCUGGAAAGCUGAGAAUCUGGGAUACUACACAGAAGGAACACCUACUGAAGUAUGAAUAUCAGCCAUUUGCAGGAAAAAUAAAGGAUCUUGCUUGGACUGAAGACAGCAAGAGAAUAGCCGUGGUUGGAGAAGGAAGGGAAAAAUUUGGAGCAGUGUUCCUGUGGGAUAGUGGUUCUUCUGUUGGCGAGAUUACUGGGCACAACAAAGUGAUCAAUAGUGUGGACAUAAAACAAACAAGACCUUACCGCCUAGCAACCGGCAGUGAUGACAACUGUGCCGCUUUCUUUGAGGGACCACCUUUCAAGUUCAAGUUUACAAUAAGUGACCAUACACGGUUUGUGAACUGCGUAAAGUUUUCUCCUGAUGGAAACAGAUUUGCUACAGCUAGUGCAGAUGGCCAGAUUUUUGUCUAUGAUGGGAAGACUGGAGAGAAAGUGUGUGCUCUCGGUGGAGGCAAAGCUCAUGAUGGAGGUAUUUAUGCUAUUAGCUGGAGCCCUGACAGUAGUCAACUGCUUUCUGCUUCUGGAGAUAAAACUGCUAAAAUCUGGGAUGUUGGUGCUAAUUCUAUUGUCAGUACUUUUAACAUGGGAUCAAAUGUUUUGGAUCAGCAGCUGGGUUGCUUGUGGCAGAAAGACCACUUAUUGAGUAUUUCUCUCUCUGGCUAUAUCAAUUAUUUGGACAAGAACAAUCCAAAUAAACCUUUACGUGUCAUAAAGGGUCAUAGUAAAUCAAUUCAGUGUCUCACAGUGCAUAAAAAUGGUGGAAAGUCCUAUAUCUACUCUGGAAGUAAUGAUGGUCAUAUUAAUUACUGGGAUUCCGAAACUGGAGAGAAUGAUGGCUUUUCUGGGAAAGGCCAUACAAACCAGGUUUCUAGAAUGGCAGUGGAUGAAAUGGAUCAGCUGGUCACCUGCAGUAUGGAUGACACUGUGCGCUAUACCAACGUCAGCAAGAGGGAUUACAGCGGUCAGGAUACUGUGAAAAUGGAUGUUCAACCAAAAUGUUUAGCUGUGGGUCCUGGUGGAUAUACUGUAGUUUUAUGCAUCGGACAAAUUGUGUUGAUGAAAGAUAAGAAAAAAUGUUUUGCAAUUGAUGACCUUGGCUAUGAGCCAGAAGCUGUAGCCAUUCACCCUGGCGGAGGCACAGCAGCAGUGGGAGGAGUGGAUGGAAAUGUCUAUUUGUAUUCAAUCCAAGGAACCUCUUUGAAAAAUGAGAAGACUUUGGAAGCUAAAGGUCCGGUGACUGACCUGGCAUAUUCUCAUGAUGGUGCCUUUCUUGCAGUCUGUGAUGCAAACAAGGUUGUCACUGUCUUUAGUGUCACUGAUGGCUAUGCGGAACAUAAUGUCUUUUAUGGACACCAUGCAAAAAUUGUUUGUAUUGCCUGGUCACCAGACAAUGAACAUUUUGCUUCUGGAGGCAUGGACAUGAUGGUAUAUGUUUGGACUGUAAGUGAUCCAGAGACCAGAGUCAAGAUACCAGAUGCUCACAGACUACAUCAUGUAAGCGGCUUGGCAUGGUUGGAUGAACAUACUCUGGUAACAACAUCCCAUGAUGCUUCUGUCAAAGAAUGGUCUAUCUCCUACCAAUGAAAUAAGCCCUCUUUGGAAGGACCUAAUCAGGGACUAGAACUACUGCAGUGGAACAUAGCAUUUCUCUUAAAGAAUCUCUAUUGGCCUCUGGGUCUUCUAUCAUAUCCUCAUAUCUUUACAGGGUGUUCAUAUCUGUAAUUAAAUAUACUUUGAAAGCUUUAGCCAGUAACAGUUUGCACAUGAAAAGCACUUAAAUUAUGUCUGGAGCUUAAACUUUGUGCUGAACAUUCCAGAGGCAACAGCCUAGCAAGUUGGCGUGAAAGAUUCAAACUCAAUCAGUUGUUCUUUUCUAACCAAGAAACGUGAGAUUGUACAGCAUGAGAGUAAUACUUCUCAUUUUUUCUAAUUACAGAACAUUUCUGUACUAAUGGUCAUAGUAAGAAUAUAUAGUUGUUACCUGAAACCAAUCAUGCUGUGUGCAGCUACUGUAUAUUGCUUUGCCUCUCUGUACUGCACCAAACUGUUGCCUCAUAUUUUCUCCUCCAGAUAACAAAAUGGGGUACAUACAUAAUAAACUUUUUAUGUAUUUCAUGUCAAA